AUGGCAAGCCUUAGCUUGGGAAUCCCAUCUAUUCAUGUCCUCCGCUAUAGAAAAUUGUCUUUAUACACUUGCAAAGAAGUCUUCCCAUCAUUUGUGGAUAGUUACAGAGAGGGACGAACAGGCAUAGGUAAAAACUUAAAACCAUUAGAAUUGCUUCCUACUAUCGCUACGCAUUUCUUUGAGGCAAGAAAAGAUGAGAUUGUUUAUCUACCUCCAGACGAGUCGCCUGAUGGUCUAUAUACAUCAACUCUGAUCUUGACAUUCAAGGCCACAUCUGGACAUUUCUGGAGCGGGAGGAUGAAACUUGUCUGCGAGGCCAUCAUAUCACAAGCUCACACGCUCAGAAGCAAAGAGAUUCUGAUCUCCAAUAAUGCAACUACUCACCAUGGGACUGUCUUUACAGAUUACGGUGCUCAUAAAGAUGGUCCAAUUAUUAAAGGAGGAAAAAGCAACUAUGAUAUCGGUGAUAUUGUUGACAUCAAUUGUACAGCAUCCAAAUCACAACCUCCAGCAGAGCUACAUUGGUACAUUAACGACAAAGAGGCUAAGCCAAAGUACUUGAUACCACGUGAACCUAUUACAUACACGGAUGGUAUGAUAUCUACAGUCCUCGGCCUACAAUUCCAGGUCAAGCACAGGCACUUUCAGAGAAAUGAAAUGCGGUUGCGGUGUACUGCCACUCUCUCUGAAGUGAAGAAAAUGACAAGCGAACCUCUAGAGGCCGAAAUAUCCGAGCAACAGAUGUCGGAUCUCCAUGUUGACUUCAACACAGGGGCAGUUUCCAGUGGAAGUUUAUGGUGCUACACAUCAUUCAAUCAGUUGUGGAUUUCCUUCACUCUGACCUUGUUUUCACGAACAGCAUUUUAAGUUUGCAUUUUUACCGCACAUGAUGAAGCAAAAAAUAUUAUGAAGAAGUGAUAUAGAGAAAGAAACAAUCAAAUGUUGUAUCCCAGGAGUUCUUUGUGAUUUAAUUAUGAACCUGGAUUACAUAAUUUAUGAAAUUUAUGACCGCUUGAAACAUUACAUCCUUGUUUUUUGUUUGUUUGUUUGUUUGUUUGCGAUUUCAAUGAGGAAUUGAAUAUACGAUUGUCAUCGUUUUGAAGCAUACUUAAUGUGCUGACGACAGAAUGACGUUCCUUUCACUUAUGGCCAGUAUCAGGUUUUCAUAGUCAACAAUAUCUAUUACAAAAAUAAUAUUCUGAGGCAUAUUUCAUGAAUAUGGAUCGUAUAGUUCAAAAGUUGAAAGUUGUACUCUCUGUCUUUGUAACACAACAGUUGAGUCUAUGUGGCAUGUAUAUACAGUGAAAAAAGAGGAUAGAUAUUUAUAGUUUCAUUAUCUCUAGAACCGAAUAUAUUAUUUUUAAAAUGGGUAAUCAAAACUGCUUUACCCUGUAUUUUCCCUCCAUUGGGAUGGAUUAUUUGGAUUAAGGCAAAUUAUCUGCCUAAGAAGAGAACUUCUAGGAGAACCUUUGUAAAUGACGUUAGUCAUGGGGAAUGCCUCCAAACCGCUCAUGCAGCCAGCCAAAACUUGACCCUCUAGCCAAUUAGAACAGAGGCAAUAAAUAGCAUCUCGAAUUCGAAGAAAUUCAGGCCUCUAACAAAAAUGACGUAUCCUUAUUUCCCAUGCAACAGAGGAAAUUUUCCAACCCAUAACUCUGUCAAAUAUCGCCGGCCCCUAGAAUUAUUCGCCUCGUUCAACCCCCAGAGAAAGAAACCGCAGCUGGCCGCAACUGACCUCUUCCUGGGAAACCCUCGCCCUUUCAUCUGAAUCACAUCUUCAACUAAACUUAAAACAGCAUUGCCGUAAACGAACGAAAAGUCUAAACAAAACUAAAUAUUAAAAACUUAUUCUUGAAUAGGAACAAUACAAAUUCAUUAUUCACAGUAAAAUAAUGUAAUUACUAAGAAUACCUUAUGCACAGGAAAAUAAUAUGUAAUAAUUGUACACAACAAAAUAAUACAUAACAUUAUCCAUAACAAUCCUAAAGCAUUCAGCACUGCAUUUUCCAAGCCUGAGCACAGUUUAAACUGCGGCUUCGAACAUUUAGAUCCUCUGUGCUACUUUGAAAUUUUACAGUUUAUAUUAUUUUUAAUUUUAUUCAUGUUAUAAUUUCUGUUUUUAUUUUAUUCAAAUUGCAAUCUUCAGGGUAAAAAUAAGACAUUAAAAGAAAAAAGACUUUGCAUCUCUUGUUCAAGUGUUCUUCUCGCUGUUGCUAAUGGUUAUUCAAAGCCAAAGGCUCAGAACAGAAAACUUAAUGUCUGUGGUCUUUUAGGAAAGACUAAUGUGGAUGGUUUAGCUUUUCACCAAAAAUUUUAUGAAAUAUAUCUGCAACUUAAGCAGAAUUUUGUAAAGAUAUAAAACUGCAUUUGAAAAAACAGAUUAUGUUAGUGAUUUAACCUUCAGAUUAAAUACUAACGUAUUUUUAGUUAUAUCUGCGAUUUAUUAAUUUUCAAUAAUUAAUAUUAUGUUAACUUUUUAUGAUUUUGGACUUAAACUGUAUGUAUUGUGAAAAAUAACUAAUCUGUUACUUUGCUAUCACAUUUUAUCUUCAUUCUCUAUAAGCGGAGAGUACAAUUUUCGAGAAAUAUUUAUUUUUUGUAUAUAUUAAUAAAGAACUAAGUGAUGACUAAGAAGAUUAAUUUUUGUAAAAAAGACAUCGCCAUUGUAUUUACUGAUAUUUUAAUUAUUUCAUCCCACUCUUCACCCAACGAGGAAAAGAAAGAUAAUUGUUGGACAUUGCUACGAGUUAAAUAAAGCAAAAUGUUUGUGCAAAUUACAAAUAUUAUAUUAUAAAAAAGAUAAUAAAUUUAUUGCACAGAGGCGAAUGAUUUUAAUUUUGGAUUUCUACGCCAAUCUGUUUUAAUUAGAAUAGUAAUUUAUACGCAUGUGUUAAAAAGUGAUUUAUUACGAAACAUUGCAUUCAAUCAAUUCUUAUAAGUUUUGCGGAUUUUUUUGUUUAUGUUUAAGGAUUUUUAAAGAUUAGCUAUAACCUUAUUAAGACAUAAAAUUUCUCUUAAUGGCGUUAAGCAGAAAACAUGCUAUGCUUAAAAUAAAAUAAAAAUGUUUAAAAUAAAUAUAUUUAUAAAUUGUUUCGCUGAAAUGAAAUAGUACUUCUGCACUCUUGCAUGUACAGUGCAUGUAACUGUAAAGGCCAAGACUUUCACAUGUUCAGUAGACAAUACUUUUGUAAUAUCAUAAUAAUCGGUUAAAUUUUUAUUAACACAUUUUAUUUACAUAAUUUUUAUUAAUUUAAUUUUAUUUAUUAAUUUAAUUUUAAUACUAUUUUUAUUAAUAUAUUAUUUU